AUGACUAUUCUAUCUACCGGCUCUCCCAAAGCCUCAUUCUGGCUCACACUUCUCCUUCCUGCCAUUAUUGUCUCUGCCCAUGGUCAUGUUGACGAGAUCAUCGUCAAUGGUGUAUCCUACCAAGGCUAUGGAAGCACCGACUUUCCAUACAUGCAAGACCCUCCUGUUGUCGCUGGCUGGACCAUUGAGCAAGCAGACAACGGCUUCGUUUCGCCUGACAAGUACGAUGAUCCAGACAUCAUCUGUCACCGAGAUGCAACUCCAGCCAAGGGACAUAUCGAACUUGCUGCCGGUGAGAUUCUCACUCUCCGAUGGUCAGGCUGGCCUGACAACCACAAUGGCCCUGUCUUGAACUACCUCGCCAACUGCAAAGGCCCUUGUGAGAGUGUCGACAAGACCGAGCUUGAAUUCUUCAAGAUUGAUGGUCUGGGCCUUCUCGAACAGGGCACGCCUGGCAGAUAUGCAGACAGUGUACUCAAAGACAAUGGAGACCGGUGGAAUGUCCGUAUUCCAGAGAAUAUCGCUCCUGGAAACUAUGUUCUUCGCCAUGAGAUCAUUGCUCUGCACAAUGCUCUGGACAAAGGUGGCGCACAGAACUACCCACAAUGCUUCAACUUGAAGAUCACUGGCGAUGGAUCUGACUCCCCUUCUGGCUAUCUCGGCACUGAGCUUUACGAUGCCGAGGAUCCUGGUAUUCUUGUCAAUGUCUACUCUAGUUCGGUUGACUAUGAAGUUCCCGGUCCUACCAUCUGUGAAGGGGGCGUGUCGUCUGUUGAACAGAAGCCAUCCGAGGCCACCACAACUGCAAAGUGUACUACGAGGUACUAG